AUGAUUAUAUUUGCAACAACUUUCCAGAAUCCUUGCCAAAAGAAGCCUUGUUUUAAUGGUGGUAAGUGUUCUCUUCUUCAAUACAACCGAAAAGACUAUCAGUGUCGAUGUUUGAAGGGCUAUGAAGGCACACAAUGUGAGACAGAUAUUGAUGAGUGCUCUGCUGGAAAAAACAAAUGCCAAUUAGCUGGCUUGCAGUGUUCAAAUUCUAUCGGCGGCUAUACAUGUAAACGUACUUUCAGCGCAAAUGGGUCAGGUCGGAAUGGCAACAUCCAAUCGUUUGUCAUAAGAAAAACUGGGAAAUACAUGAUACGAGCAGAAGGAGCAAGAGGUGGGACACACUAUUACACCUAUGGAUACAAACCAGGAACUUACUAUGGAGGGAGGGGUGCGGUCGUCGUUGCCACCAAAGUGAUCACUGUUGGCACUACACUGAAUAUUGUAGUCGGUAAAAGAGGAGGAAACUCGGUCGAAGUCAGUGGAGGAGAAACCACCAGAAAGACCGCAGCUCAACUUGGCAAAUCAGUCGAGGAUAACGCAGGCACUGGUGGGGGUGGGGGUAGCUUUGUUUAUACGGCUGACAAUAUUUUAUUGGUGGCCGCAGGGGGUGGUGGGGGUGCAUCCUCUGGAUAUCAUGGUGUUAGCGGUACUUUGAGUACUUCUGGGACAUCAAGCAUGGGAUUUAACGCCAAUCAUUCUCGAGGGGGAGGUACAUUUGGUAGCCCAGGCAAGUGUAACAAUGUCGGUGCCAGCUACCAUGGAGGGGUUGGUGCGGGUUGGCAUGGCCAGGGAUGCGCACGAGYUGAUAAUAGUCCGCACGGAGAGCCAGGUGGGUCACGUGCUGAGGGCUGGGUAGGAGGGCGCGCCGGAAAUAUGAACAGCGGAUAUAACGGUGGACCUACUCCUGGUGCGGUAGGGGGAUUUGGAGGGGGUGGGGGUGGAUCAGAAGACAAUGGUGCAUCCGGAGGUGGAGGUGGAUACUCGGGAGGUGGCAGUGGCACACAUGAACGUCAAGCCGGUGGGGGAGGGGGCUCAUACUGCCGUCCAAGUGAUUGUCGCAAGUACUCUGGAGCGAAU